UAUCCAUUCAUCCCUCCCUCCCUCGCCGGCCGCUUCAAGUUGUCAUCAGUAGGGCAGCGAGAACAGCAAGCGGAGAGCAGGGACGAGAAUCGUCGUCCUCGUCGGCGACAGCAGCAGCUAGAAAUGGCGGAGGCGAUCGCACUGAGUAGCGGGUACCGGAUGCCCAUCAUCGGUCUCGGAGUGUGGCGGAUGGAGUCGAAAUCCAUCCGAGAUCUCAUCCUCUCCGCCAUCUCCAUCGGCUACCGCCACUUCGAUUGUGCGGCUGAUUACCAGAAUGAAGCUGAGGUUGGCGAAGCGCUUGCGGAAGCUUUUCGUACGGGGCUUGUCAAAAGAGAAGACGUUUUCAUCACCACCAAGCUCUGGAAUUCGGAUCAUGGGCAUGUCCUCGAGGCCUGCAAGGACAGCUUGAAGAAACUCCAGUUAGACUAUCUUGAUCUCUACCUUGUUCACUUUCCGGUGGCUACGAGACAUACUGGGGUUGGAACAACUGCUAGUGCUCUUGGUGAAGAUGGUGUGCUAGACAUAGACACAACCAUAUCACUUGAGACCACUUGGCAUGCAAUGGAAGAUCUUGUUUCCAUGGGACUGGUUCGGAGCAUCGGAAUCAGCAACUAUGAUAUCUUUCUGACUAGGGACUGCUUGGCAUACUCCAAAAUAAAGCCAUCGGUGAACCAAAUUGAGACUCACCCAUAUUUCCAACGUGAAUCUCUUGUCAAAUUUUGCCAGAAGCAUGGAAUCUGUGUAACUGCACAUACUCCUAUAGGUGGUGCUGCUGCUAAUGCUGAAUGGUUUGGUACCAUUUCCUGUCUCGAUGAUCCAGUCAUCAAGACCUUGGCUGAGAAAUAUAACAAGACAGCAGCGCAGGUCGUUCUCAGGUGGGGCGUCCAGAGAAACACUGUUGUUAUACCAAAGACCUCAAAGAUUGAUAGGCUGCAUGAGAAUUUGAAGUUGUUUGAUUUCGUCAUAUCAGAUGAGGACAUGGAGACGAUCAAGGGAAUUGACAGGAAGUACAGAACUAACCAGCCCGCCAAAUUUUGGGGCAUUGAUCUCUAUGCAUAGGUCCAACGAUUGUAACUGCUUGCUGGAGAAGAUGAUUGCUUUGACUUCCACCUUGGUCUUCCAAACAGUAGAAUAAAAUGUGGUGUACCCAUUUGAGUGAUGCCGUUUCUCACAAAUUACUAGAAACUUGAAAAUCUCGUUUGGCGUUUGCACAAUAUGAAAGGCUCUUUUACAGGUAUCAAGGCAUUUCAUGUAGUUAAGCAUUUUGUGUGCUAAGUCUUAAAUUGCAGAUACUACCUGAUUUAUGAGAAAGGUCGGAGAGCCCUUUUGCA